UAAAACGACACUUAAAGCUUCCGCUAUUAGUUAAGCAGCUGAUAUAUAUUUUAUUUAUCACAAACCGCUUUUUGGAAAGCAGGAAAUUACGUCAUAUAUUGUUGAAAAAAUAUAUAACUGCAGUAAUUGUUAUUGUUAGCUUGUUCGCUCACCGACUAGCUCGUGAAAUGGAGCUAUGACUGAGUAAUAACGCCGUAUUACAUGUGCACGGUUAAGUUAUUACAAACGUACAGUGGUUUGGUGAGCUAAAUGGAGGACGGAAGGAGUGAUGCAGCCCCCACAUCCAAGAGUCAGGCAGGCUCAGUACACCUGCAGACUCCAAAAAAUGAAGACACUUAUGAAAUUGCUAUUCCAUAUGAGGAAAACAACUUUGAUCAGCCGGGAUUUUUCAACCAGAGUGAUCAGAAUUUUGAUGAGUCACCGUCAAAUCCUGGCCCAUCUCCUGCCAACAACUCAUACAUGAUGAUAACUAACUUGCGAACCCAACUCCAGAUCUCCUUGGAGAAAAACUCUUGGCUGCAAAAAAGAAUUGAAGAUUUGGAGGAGGAGAGGGACUUCCUGCGAUGCCAGCUGGACCGCUUCAUCUUUUCUACAAAGAGCCUGGGACAGGAGCAGAGUCGGAGUCAGUAUAGUAAUGGUUAUGAAUCUAGACGGUUCAACUGGAGGAUAAGAAGAGAGGAAGAUCGUCCCAAUGAACAAAAAUCAGACUCAUCACAUUUUCCUCAACGUCAAUUUAUCCCGCGAAGGUCAAGUCCUGCUGCUAUGUUGUCUUCCAAAAGCCACGUUUCUAGUCCGUUAAGCACUCAACUGGCCUCCAUGAAUGUGUUAUUCAACUCUGCACAAUCACAGUCCCUUCUUCAAGGCCAUAGCCACAGUGCUUCCAGUACCACAGCCAGUUCUACAGCCAGUGGCAGCAGUGGCAGCGCUGCACGAUCGUCUGCGAACGACAUAAGCGGACACAAUGGUCCAGAUUCCCUCUCGUUUAUUGGAGAGUCAGACGAGUACUUGGAGCAGGACGGCUAUAUGGAGGAAGAGGAACUCAUAUCAGGAGAAGAUGUUUUGUCAGACACAAUAAACCCCAACCACCACCAGAUAAAGAGACGGCGGGUUUUCCGAGCUCCAAGAGAACGCCAAAGGGUGAAAGAUGCUGCUGGAGUUCUAUUUCGCUACAAGAAGAUUCUUCUUACGUACCAGCGUCUCAAGAAUAUGUCCAAAGCCUUCCAAAUCCACGGAGUUGACCGCAACACAGUGGCUUCUACCACCCCGAUAGCUGAGCUGCUUCUAGUUGCUCCGGAGAAAGUGGCUGAAGUUGGAGAGUUUGACCCAUCCAAAGAGAAGCUGUUGGACUAUGCCAGGCGCUGCUACAUCGCUCUGGAUGAGGAGACACUGUGCAGAGUGCAAGCCUUAAAAAAGAACAACCUUCUUCUGCCCAUUUCCUACAGAUUCAGACACUGAGAAAAGAAUGGCAGAUGAACAGAUGAGCUCAGUGAGAAACUGGACAUUGUGCUGCUGUGCACAUGUAACUAUUAACUGCUGCUGUGAUGCUGUUCUUCCCAAGGAAACCCUGAAAAUAUGACCUAAAAGUUUGAUACAGUCCAUGUGAUUAAUCAUCACUCAAGUGAAAAAAUUCCCGUUGUUACAAAGAAUCAAUGAAUUGAAGGUAUUACUUUCUACGUCUGUUUCAGUCUUAACUUUAAUGACAUCCUCUUAACGACCCAGUCCAAGGAAGAUGGUGUUUUUAACAUGUUUUUGUGGCAUUUUUCUGAUGAUUGAGGAAAUAUAUUGGGAAGCUUAAAAUUGCAUUUCUUAGUAUUUAUUUAAAUCAGGAACAGACAAUAAAAUGCAGUUUAAAAAGAUAUGAUACAUAUGAUAAAAUACAAUGGAGAAAAUACAAGAAUACAAUAAAGUACAAUGAAAGCUACCUGCUCUACUCCAUUCUGAUUCAUCCACUUGUAUCAUCCAUGAUCAUCAACACAGACGUAAAUUUCUAAAAAUAUUGUGCAGAAACUAUGUCCUAGACAACUACUUUUUUUUUUACAUUUUGGCUAAAAACUGCAUAAUCAUAAUUAAAAUACCACUGGGAACGCUUUUCAAAGAUCUCAAAAUAUGAUCGGAGUGGUACUUUACAACUGCUGGAUCUUCUAAAGAUUACAUUAUCUUGUUGAUCCUUCAGCUCAUGGCAGCAUGAACACUUUUCUGUUUCACUCACUUCUAUCACAUCAUGAUGUGUAGUUUCUUACCAUGACAUACAAUCAGCGUCUGUCAAUCUUAGCAUUUUAUCUUGUAAUUAACACUUUACGAUUUCAUUAAGUUCAUAUUUUUCAGUGCGGCCUUCAUAUUCAAUCAUGUUUGUUUGUCUGUGUUUUUCUAUAAGCUCCUUUUACACUGUCAUCAACUCAUUGUUGUAUGAACAAGCCUAUGGUAAUAUGGAUCAGAUAAUUUCUGACAGAGUCAUACAAAUGGCCAAACAAUAGCUGUUUUUUUCAUUUUUUUUUAUUAAAAUCAAAUUUAAACACUUCCAGUUUUUGAGUAAUAUGAUCAACCAGCUACUUUUCUCUUAUAAAGUUCGACAUUGAUACUUCGUGCCACUAAAGUUUAGUGCAAUUCAUGUACUUUAAAAAGUUGAAUUGCAAUAGUGAAUGCUUAAACUACUAGUAACCUUUUAAUGCAUUGUGGUAAAAGUAUAUUUGUAAAAUGUGACUCUCAGCAUUGACACAACUGUUUCAGGUAUAUUUAAGGAUUGUAUGACUUUUCGCUUGUUGUGAACAUUUGUUGUCAUUACACAAACAACUUCACACAUAGAACAACAGCAAAACAGAUAGUAGGACAUAUUUAGUCAUGCUAAUGCUUCACAACACGCAUGCUUUGGUGGUUUGCAGCCUAUUCAGUUCUUGCCUUAAUUUGUGAUUUGAAAAGGAACCACAUUGUAUCAUGAAGUUUGAAUGAAAUAUACAUAAGAAGUACCAAGACAUCUGGAAAUAAAACAAACGUGGCUGUU